AUGUUCAAAAACACAAAACAAACUGUUCAAAUGAGACACAAACUCAAGUUCAACAAAUGCCACAAACUCAAGUUCAACAAAUACCACCAAUUACAGUUCACUAAAAACCACAGAUGCAAGUUCAACAAUUGCCACAAACUCAAGUUCAACAAACUAAUGUUCAAACACGACACAAACUUCAGUUCAACAAACGCCAUAAACUCAAGUUCAAACACAACACAAACUCAAGUUCAAAAAACACACAAACUCAAAUUCAAACACGACACAAACUCAAGUUCAAAAAGUCCACAAACUCAAGUUCAAACACGACAAAAACUCAAGUUCAACAAACACAAAGCAAACUCAAGUUCAAACACAACACAAACGCAAGUUCAACAAACGCCAUUAACUCAAGUUCAAACACAAUACAAACUCAAGUUCAACAAACACACAAACUUAAGUUCAAAAACACCACAAACUGAAGUUCAAACACGACACAAACUAAAGUUCAACAAACACACAAACUCAAGUUAA